UCCCAUCCAAGAUAUCAUUAAAUGAAAUCAGCCCUCGAUAAGCUUGACCUGCGUAUGUGGGCGUUAUUCACAAUCAGUGUCAAAUUUCAUGGGCGUGAUACAUGCACCCAUUUCACCCUUCUCUGUGACUCAGAUUUAUUAAACUCUUGUCACGUAUGCUUUCAGUCCACGUUGUAUCGGCUAACUCUUCAGCCAUGACGAGGUUGCUGGUGUUGGGGUUUAUCUUGUUAGCAGUUAAUAAUACAAUACAAUUCUCAGUUGACACGUACUCGCAGUGUCCCGAGGAUCAAGUGAAGAAUCGUUCGAUGACGUUACAACUAAGAAAACAUGUAUUUUGUGACUACGAUACUUACGUCCGUCCAUCCCUUCACCAAGAUAAUGCUACGAAGGUGUAUUUGGAACUCAUCCCAAAGUUCAUCGAAUUCGACGAUCACGCAAAUACCCUCAUACUCUACGCUUGGAUGGCAAUGAUUUGGACAGACGAACAUCUGAAAUGGAGUAUAUCAAAAUUCGGAAAUCUCAGCUCACUUCAGGUGUCCAGUGAUGAACUUUGGAUGCCUCAUUUAUAUGUUUACAACUCCGGGAACUUAGACCGUGAACAGUAUGGGAUACCAAAAACUGACUGUGUUCUACAUAGCAGUGGACAGGUAGCUUGUGUCCCGGCGAUGAAAUACAUGUCACACUGCAUAGCAAAUUAUCAGCACUGGCCCUUUGACAGGCAUAACUGUACCCUUUACCUUGGCUCCUGGUCGCACACGGGCGAAGAGAUAGAUUAUAACUUUUUCGAUGACGGGGUGCUUGAAAUGCCUGAUUUCACUCCGAAUCCUCGAUGGAAACUUCUGUCAAUAAGCGCCAAGAAAAAAGUUGACAAGUUCGAGGCAAUGAAUUACACAUUCCCAAGAUUGACAUAUAAUGUCGUCGUUGAACGGCAUUCAACUUUCAUGCAGACCACCAUUCUUGCUCCUGCAAUUGUACUAAUCAUCUUGACCAUGAUGGUACUGUGGUUAAAUCCAAUGAACAGUGAACGAAUGGUACUGGCUGCCCUCAAUUUGAUCUGUCAUUUACUCUGCAUCAUCGACGUUAACUGGCAGGUGCCCUUCAACGGUGACACUUUACCCUCGAUAUUGGUCUUCCUUAAAAAUUCCUUGAUCAUUGCCAGCGCGGUGCUUUUUUUAACCGCACUGCUUCGACAACUGAAAGGAAUAUCGAUACCCGCACCGGUCUGGCUGACAUCGACGACUUCCUUUAUAUUAGAAAGCAAGGCUGGCCAGUUCAUUCUGCUCGCAACUUUGGACCCAAACACCUCCACGACAAUGGGAACUAAAGACGACAAUAUUAGGUUGAUCCAAUCGAGUGCUACAUCGUCUAUAAUUAAUCCAGAGAGCGUCAACGCGUGGCAUCAUUUCGCCACUUUACUGGACCGAUUGUCUUUCAUUGCUGUGCUUCUAACAUACGUUAUCAUGAUAUCGGUACUCCUUCCUAAGUAAAACAACGAGGGUGUGCCUAAUGUUUCAUCUCUGAGAAAAUAUUGUGCACAAGAGCAUCCUGUCAUCAAUAUUACCAUUCAUUAUAAAUUCAUGUACUAUCUACCAGUUAGGACUGGUUCGCGUAAGAUAGAAAACUGGAGUGUCUGGUAGUUCAUGUUAUAGCAAAGCAUAUAUUCGCAUCUUGAAGUACGUACGUUGACUGCCAAUAUAUUCAUGUUGGUGAAAUGAUAUUUUGAUGCUGCAUUUAAUAAAACUACAAUUAUAUACGCUACCGUGUCCUACCUAUAAUACAUCCAUUUCAGAUUACUAUAGUAGAUCAAAUGUAAGCUUAAAUUUCAGAGUAUAAAUGCCCAUUAGUUACAAGACAAUGGUAUAAAUCGUGUUCCAAAUCUUGUACAUUACAUGUCAAUUACGCAUUUACCAUUAAUCUUAAAAAAUACCCAUCAUAUGG